UAUAUUUGGAAGGAAAGAGAAAGUGAGUCGCUCUAUGUAAACAUUUAAUUUGUCUUCGUUUCGAGGUAGUAUUUCGAUCAUUUGAUUUGAAUUGAUCACAAGUUGUCACUGUCAGUGGGGAAUGAUCUUCAUCGUCGGCAUCAAGUGAGCACGUGGUUGCGAGGCUGUGUAUGUCAUAAACAAAAACAAAUGUUUUUGAGUUUCGGAAGGGCUGCUGCUGCUGGAGGUUGUAGAGGAAUUGGAAGAGCUGCUGCUGUUAGUUGUGGUGAUACAGGAAUAGGAAGAUCUGUUGGAGGUAUUGGUUUAAGGACGUCUGUUUGGAGACGCGAGGUGUUAUCCAUCGAGGGUAAGGUUCAUCAACGGUUGCAGUUGCAUUGGCAAAGGCAAAGGCAGUUGCAACGGCAGCGGCAGUUGGGUGGUGUAUCGGCAAGCGGGAAGAACGGCGUGCUACUACCGUUAUUGGACCGUCCUGCCCCUCUACGUAGAGUUUAUAAUCGGAGCGGAGCGGCAGUGGUUCAGUCGGUUGCCGUGUCAGUGUUAGUAGGGCGGCGAUUGCAGUUACAGCCGACGACGACGACCCACGUACCAGAGGAGCCGUGCAGAAGAACGUACUCAACGUCUCUCACCGAGAAAGUGAAAAUGCCUGAAGCAAAGCCUUUCGAGCGCCUUCCGAACGCCGUGAAGCCGCUUCACUACCAGCUAUCCAUCACGCCCGACCUGAAAUCGCUCACUUUCGUAGGAGAUGUCUCCAUAAAAAUUGAGGUUGUGAAGGAAACGAACAGGAUUGUACUUAACGCCUUAGACUUAGAAAUAAAAGCUGUGAAUUUGAGCGAUGGACAAGAACCCAGCAAAGUGAAUGUCUCGGCGGAAGAUGAAACUGCAGAAUUCACAUUCAAUAAACCAUUGGCGGUCGGCAGUUACAACCUUAAUGUUAAAUUUAAUGGGGAAAUCAAUGAUAAAAUGAAAGGCUUAUACCGCAGCAAGUACGUGAACGAGAUUGGUGUGGAGCAGUACGCUGCUGUUACGCAAUUCGAGUCCACAGAUGCAAGGAGAUGCUUCCCAUGUUGGGAUGAGCCCGCAUGUAAAGCCACCUUUGAUAUAGCUCUCGUCGUACCGCCUAAGCUUGUGGCGCUUUCCAAUAUGCCGGUGAAGGCGACCAAAAGCGUUGGUGAUCUGAUCAAGUACGAUUUCGAGACGACGCCCAUCAUGUCCACGUACCUGGUGGCAGUCGUCGUCGGGGAGUACGAUUACGUCGAGGAUAAAUCCUCCGACGGAGUGCUCGUCCGCGUUUACACCCCGAAAGGAAAGAAGGAGCAGGGUCAGUUCGCACUCGAGGUAGCCACCAAGGUGUUGCCUUACUACAAGGACUACUUCAACAUCGCCUAUCCUCUUCCCAAAAUCGAUCUUAUCGCGAUCGCCGACUUUAGCGCUGGCGCCAUGGAAAACUGGGGCCUGGUCACUUACAGGGAAACUUGCCUGUUGGUCGAUCCCCAAAAUACGUCGGCCGUGCGAAAGCAGUGGAUCGCUUUGGUGGUCGGACACGAGUUGGCUCACCAAUGGUUUGGAAACCUGGUAACCAUGGAAUGGUGGACCCAUCUGUGGUUGAACGAAGGUUACGCUUCCUUCGUGGAAUUCCUCUGCGUGAACCAUUUGUUCCCAGAAUACGAUAUCUGGACCCAAUUCGUGAACGACAUCUACAUCAGAGCUUUAGAAUUGGAUUGCCUGAAGAACUCCCAUCCCAUCGAAGUGCCUGUCGGACAUCCAUCGGAGAUCGAUGAGAUUUUCGACGAUAUCAGUUACAACAAGGGAGCUUCUGUCAUCCGCAUGUUGCAUUAUUACAUCGGCGACGAGGAUUUCCGCAAGGGAAUGAAUCUGUAUUUGACUCGCCAUCAGUACAAGAACACCUUCACCGAAGAUCUUUGGGCAGCCCUGGAGGAAGCCAGCAAGAAGCCGGUUGGUGAUGUCAUGUCCACCUGGACCAAGCAAAUGGGAUUCCCAGUUGUGAAAAUCUCGAGCAAGCCAUCCGGAGACGGCAAAGGUUGCAUCUUGAGUCUCGAGCAGAGCAAGUACUGCGCGGACGGCGUCCAACCAUCCGAAGAGUACGUCUGGAUGAUCCCCAUUUCUGUAUCUACCUCUAAAAAUCCGGGCAAAGAAUCUGCCAGUACCGUAUUGAAAACCAAAACCGGAGAAAUAUUUGUACCUGACGUUGGUCCGAACGAUUGGAUCAAAGUUAAUCCAGGAACCAUCGGCUACUAUAGAACACAAUAUCCCACCGACAUGCUCGAACGUCUUGUACCUGCAAUCCGCGACCGCAGUCUACCUCCUCUUGAUCGUUUGGGACUGUUGGACGAGCUUUUCGCCAUGGUCCAAGCUGGUCACACAAGUACCAUCGAAGUACUUAAGCUCAUGAACGCCUUCGAAGCUGAAGAGAACUACACCGUUUGGUCCUCGAUUAGUAAUGUACUUACUAAGUUGGGCGUGUUGCUUUCACACACCGAUUGCGAUGAAGCCUUUAGAAAAUACGAAAAGAACUUGUUGAGCAGAAUAUCAAAGCGUUUGGGAUGGAAUCCUUUAGCAAAUGAGACGCAUUUGGAUACUUUGCUCAGAGGAUUGGUUCUUGGAAGAUUGGCUUGGCUCGACGAUGAAGACACAGUCGCCGAAGCUAAGAAGAAAUUUGAGCAGCACAUCAGCAACGGGCCAAAUCUGCAGGCCGAUUUGCGCAGCGCUUGCUACAAAGCUGUGCUUAGGGCCGGUGACAAGGACACCUACGAUACAAUGUUGAAAUUGUACCGUUCUUCCGAUUUGCACGAAGAAAAGGAUAGAAUUAGCAGAGCGCUCGGUGCUACCAAAGAUGUUGCGCUUUUAUCGAAAGUGCUUGAAUUCGCCAUGUCUGAAGAAGUGCGCUCACAGGACACCGUGUUCGUGAUCAUGUCUGUUGCUAUGACCAGAGUCGGAAGGGAAUUGUCCUGGCAAUUCUUCAAAGAUAACUGGAAGGUGCUCAUUGACAGAUACCAAGGUGGAUUCCUUUUGGCCAGAUUGGUGAAGUUCACGACAGAGAGCUUUGCUACUGAAGAGAUGGCCAGGGAGGUGGAGACAUUCUUUAAGGAGCACAAGUCGCCUGGUACGGAGAGAACCGUCCAGCAGGCAGUAGAGACGAUCAGGUUGAACGCAUCCUGGCUGGCCAGGGAUACCGAUGCCAUCAAGAAAUUCCUCAGCUCGCAGUAGAUUCAUACUUACUUAAAAUAAUGUACUUUUUGGGUAAUAUAUUAUAUUAUAUGCCAGUGACUGUACCUAAUAUUUUAAUGUUUAUAAUAUUUUGUAUUAUUCAGUGUUUAUUGUAAUUUAUUAACUAUAGAGAAAAUAUGAAUGGGAUAGCAGUCGCACUACUAUUCUCCCGUUUGGAUUUUAUUAUUUUAUUUUACCAUGCGUUCCCCGGUGGUAUAUUUCUUUAUGAAAUCAACUUUUUCGAACACUUGUUGCCAUUUUUUGUUUAUUAUUAU